UUUCAGGAGUGACAGCACCGCCAAGCCCCUGCGGAAUCACGCAAGAAAGCGCCUCGCCGGCAGAGACCGACUUUUGGUGGAUGCGUUGGCAUCUGCCGGUCUCGCGACGCAACGGCGUGGUUGUGCGUCAACGUCAUUCGGAAACUUGCGUGGCGAGGACGAUGAUUGCCUGGCGUCGCUAGCAACGCCAGCAGUUAUUGAAAGAGCUGUCGUCUACUACCAGCCGCGGCUGUCCAUUAUGGACGGGGAACCCGUAUCUUUCGCGGACAGUAGUGGUGGCAGUCCAAAUCGUCCUGACGCCUACCAAUACCUUCGAGUGCCAGAUCUAGAUAUUCUUACGGGACUGCCUAUUUGCCGCUGGAGAUCGCGUCAUUUGACAGAUCCAGAUAUUCCCGGGGCUGCAGCGGCCUUCGCGACUGUCGGCGGCAUUUUGACGAAAGCCGACAAUGCGCUUCCCGUCUCCGGGUCAAACUCUUUCGUCACGGAGGAGGACGCUCUGGCUUACAACCGCGAAACGAAGCACUUUCUGCAGAGAAUGAAGCGGCUCGCCGAGUUUUCAUCCUCUCUCCAGUCUCUGUCUCAUUCUGAAGGAUCGCAGAUGGGGGCUGCCAUGGAGCUGGGUAAGGCUAAACAAGCGAAUGCACAAAGUGAAGCAAAACAGUAUGCUGAAGAAGUAAGCCGGCCAGUGGCAGGUCAGGUUCAGAAGGUGGAGGUAGAGAAUCACGUAGCUGUCACCCAUUGGGUGACCACCGCAAGCAACAUGGAGAGUGAUUUGAUUCACGGAGGGUCCUUGGCUCGUGCAACUCGCAAUUGUUGCAAUGGCGUCCCCCUUGUCGGACGGGAGCUGCCAUUCAUGCGCCUCUUUGCUUGGCCUGCACCCCUUUGUGGCGACCAAGAUCCCUGUGCGUUUCCGUAUUCGUCGACGUUGGAGCGCGUCGAUGCACAUUCGCGAAAAAAUGUGUUUGCCGAGAUCGAUAUUCUACAUAAGAUGCCGACCCAGGUACGGUUGGGAAUUGUUGGCGUUCUCAAGUUGGUUGUGCCUCCAUUCAAAGCACGAGUACGAUGCCAGGAUUACGAGCUUCUGCAAACAGAAUUUCACUCGUGGUCGUCUGACUCUUGUUGGCGGUCACAGGUGGGCUCCAUACGUGACGACGGGGGGCCGGUCACUUUUGGCGAGGAGCUUUGUCUUGCGUUCGGAGGCCGCGACGGUGCUGCUGCUGCGGCGAAAGCACUGCACCCUUAUGUCGACGAGCAUCUGUUUUCCAUGUUGACCAUGACCAGUGGACCGCGAGAGGAGCUGGAUCCGAGAAAUCCCAGAUACAGAUGCCCGUUUGUUGUCCGCGCGGAACUCGUCGAUGCUUUGACCUUCAAUUGGCGCGGCGAAAAGGGCUACGGGCUGGUCAAGUCGCAGCCCACCGACGUAGAUCUUGCUGGGAUUCCGGACUAUCUGCGACUUCGAGAGUUUCUGGGAGACAAGCGAGUGCUAUGCGAUUUACGUGCCACUGCAGAAAAUCUAGAGAAGCUCGAGAAAGAGGUUUGUAGGCACGAUGAUUAUCAGUACACAGUCGACAAGGCUGACUACGCAAUGUUCUCGCAGCUGAUGGGCACGCCCGCCGUCGACGUGCCGUCCGAUGAGCAGCACCCCUGCUUAUCCCCAUGCAGACACCAUUAUUCUCGGCGUCGGCGAAAACGCAAGAGCUCACUGCUAAGAAGGAAUUGCCUCACCACACACAAUCGUGGUCGGUCCGACUUGGUAGAUCUGUUUUCCCGCGCUGGAUUUCUCCCCGCAAAUCGGUUCAUUUGGAAGCUUGUUUUCCCGGUCACUGAACACAAGAGGGAGGAAAGGAAUAUAAUGCGCAUUGCAGCAGCGUCAUCCGGGUCGUGCGCUUCAGCCCAGCAUGCGUACCGUGGGGUACUGGAGGCGCUCUGCGGUGCCAAGUGCACUCAGGAAACGAAAGAUACCAUAGCCGAGGUCCGCUUUUCUUCUGUUGCGGAGGCACGAGAUUUUCUCGCGGGGGGCAAUUCGAAGGACAUAAUUCUGGUCAAGACUGCUCUCGACGCCGGGGCUUCGGUAAGUCUUCGCUGGUACCUCACGGAACUGGAUUACUAUCCCCGUGACCAAGAUUUGUUCUUCAUCCAAGAUCACGUUCUGCCGUUAUCCGAGAUCAACAAGUUGUACACUAGUGUCACGUCCAGCAGCUCUGAACCUGCAAAAAAUUAUCCUACACCACACGAGCUUUCGGUUGCGUACGCGGAGGAGGCGUUUCGUCCACGAAGGGCGUUGGAACUAAGGAAAGGGGCGGUGAAAGCCUUGUUUCGAGAAUCCGCGUUGCAGGUAGCGGCUGAGUACGAGAAAAAAGUAACAAUCGAAAAGGAGGCGGCUGAUGCAAAAGCCCAGAAGACCGGUGCCAGCGCAAAAAGAAAGACAACGGAAGAUUACCGUCCCCUCGAGCCUAUCACUAUGGACGCACAACGAUGUGCAUCUCGAGAGGAACUCCGGAAGUGGUUGCUGACAAAUGUGGGAGCCCAGUACGAGCCAAGGAGGCGAGAGGAAAUCUGGAUCGCGCCGCUUCAGGAUUGCGGACACCCGUUCGUCACAGGCCACCGACACAUUACGGAAGCGAAGAGCAGUCAGCUCUAGAGCGAAGCAAGUUUUGCAUGGGUACAUAUGUGCAAGGUUUGAAACAAAUCCCGGCCACGACUUGAAUCUGAAACACGUGAUUGGCGCACGUUUGUCGUUGCCAUUCGGAUUCGUAUUCGUAUUUGUAUUUGCUAGCGCAGAUAGAGCUACGCAACUUCAAGGAACACAAAACGUUGAAGGCGUUCGACAGGCCGACUGCUCUUUUUGCUCCAUAACUGUAUCUAUGAGGCCGAACGUUUUCGCGUUUCCAAUUCCGGAAGAAGACGUGACAAGCAAAGGAAACGCGGCGGCAGCAUGCGAAGGAGGCGGGGCUGCCAAGAGCGAAAAACCCAUUGUUGACACUCCUGAUGCUCGUCCAGCCUCUUGUGGAGAGAAAAAGGAGGGGUAAGUACGCAGUUCACCCACCUUCAUGUCGGUUCAUUUGCAUUUGUUUUCUUUCGGAUAGUACAACUACAAUCUCACUAUGCAACUUACUUCUUCAUUUGUCACAGUAGCAAAAUGUUGGUGACUUCAUCUUGUCCGAUAUGAAUACAGAUUUGUUGGAGAUGCAGGAAAAGUUGCAAACGACCCCGCUCUUGCCAAAAAGAAGGACCGGGAGUUGACCGCCAAAUUUUGCCGCAGCCACGCUUUUUUCUACUUGACUGCGGCCUUUCACGUCGAGUUCAAUCAUCCAUGUGGUUGGAAAGCGCCUACGCGCAUUUUUACCACUUCAAAAAAGAAGCACGAUUCCACCUCGGAAACUGUGAGCACGCAAUCCGUACCGGCAGCUCCAACCGCUUCUGAAUCAUCGAAGACAAGAGCUGCGAACCCACAGGACAAGCCAUGCCAGUCUUUCAAGCGCGAGCGCGAGAGCGACGAAACGGGUCAGGCUGACGUUCCGGUUCAACGCCGCAGAGAAGAUGGAGACGAAGGACGAAAAGAGGAUUGAAAAGGGCCCGGUUUGGAUCCUUUGAAAUUGAAUCGUGAUGCAAGAACUCAGAAUAACGCAUGUAUUGUUUCGUACCGCAAGAAGACGAACCCAGACUGACCGAGAUGAAAUGUCAAGGGCCAAAGGUGAGCAUCGAUGAACAAAAAAAGCAAAAACAUUGAUAUUUGACUCCUUGUGGAGUUUCUGGAUGCGAU